UCAGAAUGUUCCCAAUGCUUUCCGAGAAUUAUGCAAAAUUCAAGCGCUAUGUGAAAUGGCUGUAUUUCCUCUAUGAACUGAACACCCAAAUCGCCAUAUGUGAACCGUGGGAGAAGGUGUUUUGCAAUGUUCUUCUCGGCAGCUGCGUUUCUCUAAUCCUGUACGCUACAUUUGCCUAUAUUCCCGGCUACUGUUUGAGCGUUUUCCACCUGCUAUGGCCCCUGAGUGUGCAAAAUCUCACAAGCACAUGCCUUACGAAUAGCGAGGGUUUAUGUGGAAACGAAAGUGGGACGACAGUCUUAACAUAAUCUUAGUAUAACUUAUCUAUAAUAAUAAAUAAUU